AUGGCCUUUAAGUUAAGGAAGGGUGAAAUUUUGAAAUCGCAGGCACGUAAAAUUGUAUAUAAUGUUGCGGAAUUUUGUUCCAAUGAAGCUUCAUCGAAAUCUGCGUUAAUUCCACUCCCACAAGCUCUGAAAAGGGCUUCUCAAGCAACUGGAAUUUCUGAAGCUACAAUAAAAAAAAUAAGAAAGGAAGUUUCAUCAUCCGGCUCAUCGACAGUUUUAAAAUCACCCGGUAAACACCGUAAAAGACCUAGUGAGCGAAACUGUGAAAUAGACGACUUUGACAAGUGUGUUAUACGGCAAACAAUUCAAGACUUUUACAUAAAAGAAAGGAAAGUACCAUCCCUCAGAAAAUUACUACCCGUGUUGAAAGAAAAAAUUGGAUUUUCGUGGCAAAAAGACACAUUGUGCAAAGUCUUACAUUCAAUGAAUUUCCGAUGGAAGAAGUGCGCGAAUAAUAGAAAAGUACUCAUGGAAAGACCAGAUAUUGUUUUUUGGAGACACAGAUAUUUGAGAGAAAUGAGAUGUCACAGGAAAGCUGGACGACCGAUUGUCUAUAUUGAUGAAACUUGGGUAGACAGCAAUUUGACAUUUAAGAAAUGUUGGCAAGAUGGCACAGUUUUGGGAGUUACAGCAAAUGUUAAUUCGAAAAAUAGACUUAUGGUUGUUCAUGCUGUGUCAUCAACGGGUAUCCUUACGGGUGCUUUACUAGUAUAUAAAGCAUCAACAAAAAGCGGCGACUAUCACGGGCAAAUGAACUAUGAAAACUUUAAAAAAUAG